AUGGCUCCACCUAGCCAUGUUGCACGGUCAGAUAAUGUGCCUUCCCCCUCUCCUACUUCUCGAUCUCGAUCUCGUAGUCUUACGCCCAAUGAGGGUGACCAGCCCAAGCACCAAACGUUUCUUCAGGCGGCAAAGUUGGAAAUGCGCCUACAGGCUGUGCUAACACACCCAAUUCCAGAGCAUCGUGACGUGGUAGCACUCGCACAGGAAGUCCUGGAUGCAGAGUUAUGGAAAUACCACUCGAAGAAGAUUAGGUCGGAGAACGGAUAUUUCCCGGAAUAUCAUGACCAGAUGUCACGUUUUCUCUCCGAUGACCUGUUUACAUUCCGGACGGAAGUCAAGAAAGUUAUCAUCUCUAUCGCAAAACAACUAUACAACAUCUUUGGCUUCCUGAUUCGUCCGAGGUACAAGAACUUUGUAUUGCAGGUUCUUCGAGAUGAUGUCUAG